AUGCCUCCCGAAUUUCUUGAUUACGAUUCCAACGAUCAAACUGAUAAAAAUCCUUAUUUAGUCUCUAGUAAUAAUGAUGCUAAUUUUAAUGAUGAAAAUAAUCCAAUUCCUGUAGUUUUUGUUGAAGGGUUUAUGGGCCCAGGUAAACCUUCUUAUUGGGGUUCAUUGCAAUCUCUUUUUUCAACCCCUUGUGAAAAUCAAUAUAAGGACAACCUCAAUGAAGAUGAGAAUGUAGGGAAUUCAUAUCACAAAAUUAGACGUUGUAUCUUCGUAACACCUGGCUGUGGAAGUUCUCUGCAUGAUAGAGCUGUCGAAAUGUUUUAUCAAAUUAAAGGUGGACGAGUCGACUACGGAAAAGAACAUGCCCAAGAAUAUGGUCAUUCGCGCUUUGGUCGUGAAUAUCCUGGAUCAUAUCCAGAAUGGAGCGUUUCUAAACCUCUUCACUUUCUUGGGCAUUCAUUG